AUACUUUUCAGUCUUUGUCCUUAUCAUCUAUUAACUCCUUGGCUGUUUCCACCUUACCGUUCGUACUUAUUUUGCGUGUUUCUUGAGUUAUAUUAAUAGUGAUGAAUGAACUAAACAUCCAAUUAAAAAGUUAUAGAUUUGCACAAGUUCAAAACAACUGGUAUUUCUAUAUUUUACCUCAUGAGAGUUUAGAAAUGAUGGUUUUCGAGGAGAGGGGAAAACUAGAGCACCCAGAGAAAAACCUCUUGGAGCAAAGGAGAGAACCAACAAAAAUUUCAAACCACUGAUGACGCGUCUACGCCGGGUUUGUUCCCCGGCUACAUUGGUGGGAGGAGAGUGCGGGUGCCACCCUUGCUCUCCCUUUAGUGACAAUUACAAGCUAAAUCUUGGCAACUCGUUUCGUGUCAUUGACAAUAAUCACUGAAGUAUAUCUUUAAAAGUUAGAACUUUGUACUAUGCCCGCCGACCCAACCUUAUAGCGGUCGCUUAAAAAACUAAUAACGUAAGUGCUAAGUGAUAAGUGCUGUUGUCCGACUAGUCUACGCGCCGAUUUGAGGUCGUUACACAAAUUAAGGAAUAGUUUAUCAGCUCGUUGUUUUUUAUGGUUGUCGGUUUUCGUGAGGACUCAAAAAGCUGUACGUACACUUAUACAUUGCUGUGCUACCUGCUUUUUGUAUAGAGUUACUCGAGUUUCUUCAGCAAAGAAUAGUAUGGGUUGUCUUGAAACGUAUCUGCUUUAUAUUCAUUGAAAAUAGCUAGCCCUGCAUCUUAUCUUAGACUGAGAGAUUAUUCUGAGAAGUGAAAGGUUUAUAGAGGAUGGCCCAAAAUAAUGGGAAAAGAGCUACAUACUAAUUCAUCGCCUUAAAACGUUCUUGAUUUUUCUUAUUUACAGGAAGUACCUUUCAAUACGACCUUCUAUGAAUCGCCAGUUGUGAUUCUUUCCGUAAAUCAUCAAUAUGAUCGUCAGAUCAAGGGAAGUCGUCUUCCAGGAAAUAAUAUCAUAUCGGCAUGGGUAGAGGUAGGGUUGCAUUGCUAUUACGUGUGGUUGAUGAUCAGGAUUAUGGAUUUUUUCAGUGCUUUGCUGAAUCAUUUAUGCAUUAGUAUGCUUGAAGAGCGACCACACCUUCAGAUCCAAGUCACAUCUCACUCGUUUGGUCAGGGGAUAGAGGUGCUUCGGUCAGUCUUCUAAAUUGAUUAAUGAUACCGACCCCGAAAUGAUCCCCAAUUAAUUCUUGGAAUGGAACUUGUAUUCCGUCACGGAAUUAUUGCAAAUCUGUUACUGCGUUUACGUUCUUAAAUCGCGUUUAACAUUUCCCUUCAAAUUGAAAACGUUACAGUCAAGAAUAGUAUUUCUCCUUCUUCCCUUCCCAAGAGACCCCGCGCGCGCCUCAACCUAAUCCUCAAUCGUCUCUCAUCCCAAAAAACACUGGAUAACUAACCGCGUCAUAUUAUGUAAUAUCCGGUCAUCAUUUUACUUCAUAUAUAUUUCUGUAAAUUCGUGAUAUCUCAGUAAACCUGAUGAAGACUGGUAUUGACCAGUCGAAAUAUCGCAACUUAACUGUACUUCACGUUGUUUGAUCAGUCCCUGCAGAAGUCUUGUUGACAGUAACGUUUGCAAUUUGAUCUAUUUUGACUGAUCACGAUCUUUUUGGAUCCGACGUUGAGCAAGAUUGAUAGUACACGGUAUUUGCAGUAUUUUUUUUUUUUUUUUACCUUAAUUAAACUUUUCGCUAGAGUUUAUCUGAUUUUUUUAGCGCUUUUGUCAUCUAAUUGCCUUUAUGUAUACUUUUUUAUCUUCAAUAUCAUGUUAAGAUUUUAAAAAGUGUUAAAACACCAUUUUUAAAAUUCAAUAUCCAAGACAUGCAAUUUUAACAUCAUUUUUAGAAUUUAACAUUUAUGCAGUUUUCUCUAUAACCAGGGCUAUAUAAUCACCUAAGUAAUAAUUAAAAAAAAUGUUAUGUGUCUUAAUAUCAGUAUCAGUUGCAGUUCAUGGUGUUCCCAAAAAUACACUAGACUCUGUGUAUUUUUUGAUAAUAAUAUUUUUCGGCGUUUAAUCCAAUUCAAAGUGUAAUCCCAAAUUAACGUCAUGUGGGCAAGUGAAGAUUAUUAGUGAAGCUUAAGUUAUAAUGUUGUGCAUUUUGCACGAUCCAGAGUUCUAGGAUAUCAUUCCAUUCCUAAAAUUAAAUGGGGAUCAUUUCGGGGUCGAUUUGGGGAUCAUUUCAGGGUUGAGGAUCAUUUCGGGGUCGGGAUCAUUUCGGGGGCUGUGCAGAUCUGAUCAAAGCUAUCGUUGAAAUUAGAGGGAGUUUAUAUUAAAUCGGAAGGUCACAUAUCUAAAUUGACGUUCGAUGAAAAUCAGACCAUGUAUAUUUUCUGAGUGCUAUCACUUUUUGUUGUAGGAAGUUGGAUUAGAAUCUAUGAAGAUAUGCGUUAAAGACCUCAGUGGAUUAGGAUCAAGUCAUGAUCCCUUAAUAGUCAGCUACGCUGUUACUGGAGGUUAUUUUUUUUCAUUUUAA